AUGGCUUCAAAACGGGAAGAAUCCAGAUGUACCUGCCAACCCUGUGUCGGAACCGAAGCAUACAUCUUCAGACUCCCUGAAGAAAUCCUGGCAUUCAUCAUCGAGCUCGCCGCUAGAGAGAUCCCGGACAGACACAGGGAGAGAGAUCGAUACAGCUCUUUCUUUAUAAUCUCAUUGACGGUGACAUGUCAUGCAUUCAACCGCAUUGCCGUUCCUCUGUUGUACCAUACUAUCAACAUUCAAGUAUCGUCUGCCUCAGGUGUAACAAAAUGCCUCCACUCCACUCUUAAGCAGAAACAGACAUUCGCCAGGUACUGUCAGGAGCUCACGAUUCACGUUGGCGAUGAUGAAGAUGAUGAAAAGGAGUCUGUCAUUACUUGUGAUAUCGUUGGAUGGUCUUCUUGUGUGAAAACUUUGAAGAUGAAUACCUCGCCAUUCCGGGGUACUAGACCGCAGCGAUCGCGUUUCCUUCAAAUAGCGAGUCGGUCUAUGCGUGAGAUUACCCAGUUGAAGAUUCAAGCGGGAAAGGAAGACAUUCAACCAAGGGAGAUUAUGGAAUCCGUCGAUAUGCCAUCACUCAGAGAGCUGAGUAUAGACGGCCUGACUAGCGAUGAAGACUUCGAUGAUAUGGACUACAAGCAUGGAGCUGCUGCAUUCACCAGCCUCACACUCAGCAACUAUUCUAUAACCAGCAGAGACCUGGAGCGAUUAAUCAAGUGGCCCAAAGCAUUGCGUCAUUUCCAUAUUGACGGCAUCAGUUACUUUUACCAGAAUCUGAAGCUCAGCAAUUCCAUCGUCUAUUCCACGUUAUUAAACCACAAUGACACACUCAAAACAAUUGACAUCGGUAAUGUAUGCUACUCCGAUGCCAGCCCCCUAUUCCCCGCCUCGGAUUUUCCCGAAUUGGAAGCCUUGAGUCUAUCCCGAAGUGCGAUGGAAGAUGACCUGAAAUUCUCGCCCACCGUCGCUGACACAUUACUCGCCCCAAAACUGAAGAGCUUCACUCUGGACUGCCGAUGGACCGACGAGGAAGCAGAGUGUUCUCCGGACUUUGGCGCUGACGAGGAAAAGUGGCUGAGAGAGCUAAUAAAGGAAGCCAUUACGAGGAAGGCAGCACUCAAGAAAAUCACAAUUGAGUACACCUCAUAUUGGGGAGGAGGAAAUGGAGUGGAGUAUCCGUGGGACCGAGUAGAUCGACUUCGGAAUGAAAUGAGGCCAUUCGGGUUCGAGUUCGUGUGUGAGCAGCCUGAUUGGGUUGAGCAGUUAAAUACAACGAGCAAUGGAUCGACAGAGGAUGUUGUGGAUGUCGAUUAAAUUAAAGCUAUAGAUGACUGAUAUCAACCUGACCCUUUCGUCCCGU